AUGCAACCUAACGGGGAUGACAGGGACAAUACGAGCACAGUCGGUCUUGGGGGUCUGACUACUCGAGAUUGCGACGAGGUUUCGAAUCUUAUGCUUCAUCUCAAGCACGCCCUAGCAUCCCGCUUGUUCGAUAUCCCGGUAGUUUCGGUCCGAAAUACCUAUGGUCGACUCCUCAUUUCCAUGCUAGCCUUCCUAAAGCAAGGUGGACAUCCGUGGCGCAUAGUGACAUGGGUCAAAACUCUGGGUGCCGACAAGUCCCGAGGCCCCCUCCGGCCCAAUCUUAGUGCGGAGAAAACCAACCAGCUCGACCACGAUAUGAGUCCCAGUGGACGAACAUCAACGAAGAUUGUCGAAGGACUCAAUCGCCUCCACGAUCGUACUGAAAAUCUGGCACAAAUGUCUGGUUCCUACUCGAUUCAAAUCGGCGAGGCUACAUUUGAGGGUCCGGCCAACAAGACUGCAAUCGUCACCGGUGGAUGUUCUGGGAUCGGUCUCGCCACGAUCAAACUUCUGGCAUCACUGAACUGUAAUGUCAUCGUGGGUGAUCUGCAGGGAGUGCCAGCAGACGAUUAUGCCCUGUUGUCCAAUAGAAAUGUGGAUUAUCAAGAAUGCAAUAUAUUGAACUGGCAGAGUCUCAUCCAAUUGUUUGAAACUGCGCUGAAGACCUUCGGCAAGGGCAUCGACUUCGUUAUCGCGAACGCAGGAGUCAACGAACACGGUGAACAGCUGCUUCCGCCGAUAGGCAACGCCUACUAA